CUUUUCUCCCCCCUCCCUCCCUCCGUCUCCUUCUCCUCUUCCUUCUCACCCUCCUCCCUCCUUUUCCUUCCCGCUGCCUCUUCCCCCCCUGCCCUUCUUCUCAGGAGUCCAGAUGAGGACAAUAAGAAAUGGCUGGGGGCCGUGCUCACGCGGCAGAACUGAGGAGCGGGGUUUGGUGGUUCCGAAGUUUGCCGGGGGGAGCCUCCGCCUGCUUGACACGGGCACCAAAAACAGCCAAGAUCUACUCCACAGAGGGGUGGGUGGGUGCGAGGGCCCGCGCCGAUGACCACAACAGCAAGGAUGCCAGAGAGCAGCCCCAAGCAUCAUCUUUUCAGGGUUAUGGGGCUGUUGGGGCUUUGGGGCUAUAGGGCAUGUUGGCGCGGCGGUUUCCCAGGGGGGCGCUGCGGCGAAGAGCGGGGGGCCCCCCCGGCCAGGAGGAGCACUGCUCUCCGAGAGGGGCUCCGCCCGCCUUCUCGCCGGGCCUCGCGGCGGAGUCGGCGGGCCUGGGCGGGGCGCCGAACAUCGUCCUGAUCCUCGCCGACGACCUGGGCUCGAACGACGUCGGCUGGGUGAACAGGAGGAACGUGAACGACAUCCGGACGCCGUGGAUCGACCAGCUGGCGUCCGAGGGUGUCCGGCUGACGAACUUCUACGUCCAGCCCGUCUGCGGGCCCUCCAGGGCGGCGCUCAUGACGGGCAGGUAUCCGAUCCGCCUGGGCCUCCAGCACGCGAACCUCCUCCCCGAGCAGCAGAACGGACUGCCGACGAACGAGACCACACUGCCCCGGCUCCUGCAAGGCCAAGGCUACGUCACGUACGGCGUUGGCAAGUGGCACCUGGGACACUGGAGAAAGGACCUCAUCCCGACAUGGAGGGGCUUCGACCGGUGGUAUGGCUUCUUGGAGGGCGCGCAGGACCACUUCAACCACACGGACCGGUGCGGCGACCACGUUGGCCUGGACCUGUGGGAGGACGACCAGCCAGACACAACUCAGAGAGGCGUGUAUUCCACGCACCUCUUUACUUCGAAGGCGGUGGAGUUCAUCAAGAGCCACAUGAGGCGUGCGAUCCCGUCCCCGUUCUUUUUGUACCUGUCGUAUUCUGCCGUGCACACGCCUCUUCAGGCACCCGAUGAGGCGGUUGCUCGCUUCUCGCACCUGGGCGACAAGAAGCGGAGGGUGUACGCAGCAAUGCUUUCCGUCAUGGACGAGGGCAUCGGCAACGUGACCAAGGCCAUCCAGGAGGUCGAUGGGCUGCUGGAGUCCACCAUCCUGAUCUUCUUUAGCGACAACGGUGGGCCCACCCAGGAGGGGGCCAGCAACUGGCCCCUGCGCGGCUGGAAGGGCAGCCUGUGGGAGGGCGGAGUCCGAAGCCAGGCCUUCGUGUGGUCGCCGCUGAUGCUGCCAGAGCUCCGCGGCAGCUCCUGGGGUGGUCUGCUUCAUGUGACCGACAUCAUGCCCACGCUCGUGGGGCUCGCCGGUGGUGCUGUCCCAGAGAGCCUCGACGGCGUGGACUUCUGGGCCCCGCUCGUCCACAACAGGACCUCGCCGAGGCUCGAGAUCCUGCACAACGCCGACCCCAUCACGCUCUGCUCGCCGGAGAAGCUGGCGGCUGGCACGCCUUGUGACUCCGACUGGGGCGGCGUGCGCAACGCGGCCAUCAGGCUCGGCGACUGGAAGCUGAUCCGGCGCCAGCCCGGGUCGCCGGCCUCCCGGCAGUGGCACGACCGCUGGGUCCCGCCGCCAGAGUGGCAGCCGCCCUGGCAGCUGCUGCAGGCCUCCCCCGAGCCAGUUUUCUUUCCCUCCAUCAGGAGCGACUUUCCUGACACGCUGCCCGACACCCAGAUCUGCCUCUUCAACAUCACCAGCGACCCGGAGGAGCGCUGUGACCUGGCUGGGUCUCACGGCGCGAUCGUGCAGGUCCUUUUGAGGCGCUUGGACGUGUUCGAGGGUUCCGCCGUGCCGGUUAGGUUCCCGCCGCGCGUGCCCGACAAGUGCAAUCCGGGUCGGUUCAACAACAUCUUCCAGUGGUGGGCUGAGCCCAACGGCACGACGGCACAGGCGCUGCUCACGAGCCCCUACAGGCUCUGAGUUCGGCCCCCGUCGCCUGGAAGCAACGGCAGAGACCGGGGGCAAGGGCUGGGCAGGUCCUAUUGUGCCCUGAGGCUACGCGUUCCCGCUGCUUGCGAAGCAUACCCCUCGCGGGUUUCUUUGUCGCUGUUUGGUGAAGGCUUGCGGCUUAGUUUUCUCUUGCCGCAUCCGCUGUACACAGUGAGUCGGCAAGCCCUUCACCCAUAUUGCAGCCUAGUCGCACGUUUCAGCGAAGUGGCAUGUGCGUGUGUUCGUCGAGGCGUGAACGCGCAGCGUGACAGCACGUGCAACUCGUUUGAAAACCCGAUGUUCGGCUAUUCAAUCCAAUCGUAUCGCUUCGCUGUGCCAGAACUGCGGUGAGAACUCCCGCGGCUUGGCAACAAUGCACAUCUGACCCAUUUUGUCCCUGGUGGCGCGGUCACCAGAACUGCGGUGAGAACUCCCGCGGCUUGGCAACAAUGCACAUCUGACCCAUUUUGUCCCUGGUGGCGCGGUCAUUUUUUGCCAUAGCUGAGCUUUUGGCAGCUGUGGGAUCGAUCGCGUAUCGUUGCCCGCCCUUGCUAGUUGAAUUCUCGUUUGUGCGCCACCACGUCUGACAAGCACGUCAGCGUUGGUGACUGCUCGAGUGGAAAAAAUUAUCCUGGCGAAUGACCCAACCAUAAGCAAUUGUUCGUAACGCGUUGUGGGUGCCGCUUUCGGUGGGGCUCCCUAUGGGGCCACGAAACGCUGCCUUGGGUGGG